UAGAAAUAAUAACAAUAAUUGCGACUGGAUAAUUGAGCAUUCCGGUCUAUUAUUUAUUUUGAUUUAUUUGAUAAUGUGGAGAGCGAGAGAAUAAUUUAUUUAUAAUGUUUAAUCGUGAGGGCUGAUCACUGGGAGAUGAUAAUCAGAGGUUCUGGAGGUGUUGGAGAUCGUGGAGGACAAUCAUCAGGGAAAGUUGAAAGGGGUGUGUAGGGAGUGAAUUGGAUUAUCAAGAGCCCUGAGAAAAUCAUUGAUAAUUACAAUGGCUAAGUAAGUUGCGUCAUAUCGUCAUGGUGAUGAUGGUGAUUAUUUGGAAUUCUGCAUGAGCAUGUCUCUCUUCAAUUCAUUGAUCUUCGUUAAGGAUAAGGCUGAUUAUAAACUAGUAGAGAUGAUGAUAGUCUUCAUCUACGAUCCAACUCGUUGCCGAAGAGAGGAGGACGAUCCAGCAGAUGCUGUUCUCUAUUUUCAUCCAUCCUGGGUUUCAGGAACUCAACGCCUGGCACUGGCUGGACAGCUCAUGGGGAUCCACCAGUUCCUGUCGAGCUCCUUCUCGCCACCCUCUCUCAUAACCCUGGAGGGUGGUAAAUUCGUCCUGAAGAAAUUUCCACCCUAUAUCAUGGCGAUUGGUACGGAUCGUAAUAUCCAGGACUGGAUUAUCCAUCGUCGUGCUGACAGUCUCGAGCAGAUACUGAAGUUCUUCCACUGCGAUCUGGAGACCAUCUCCCAGUCACUGAACAAUGACCGAACGAAAUUCACCGAGAGAUUGUACCAAAUGCUGGAGACUUAUCUUCCAAUUCUCCAGUACUCGUCGCUGUUCUCGUCGAUGCCAAUGAUAAAACUCCCAAAAUCAGCCAGCAACGUCUUCCUGGAGUCCCUCCAGCUGCUGCAGUACUGCCAGGAGACCCCAGGUAUCCUGGGUGGUGCCAUGUUUUUUAAUAAUAAAGUUGUGGCGACGCAACUGUCACCAGAGCUGACGAAACAGCUGGUGAUAACUGAUCCCUAUCGAAUAAAAGCGCCAGCCGAUCGAAUACCCACGUCUUUUCACCUGCCCCUGGGUGUUCAGCUGCUUCGAGUGUACGUCCAGAGGAAGCCGGAGGAGCCACCGAAGCCUGUGUAUCCCCUGGAGCCGCAGAUCCCCAAGAAAUUCCCCAAGAAAACUUCUCUGACGAGCUGUGGAAUGAAACGAGACACCUCGAGGAUCUUUACAGUUCCAGAAGAGGGUGAAGCACCUGACGGUGACCCUCCGGAGGAGUCAGUACCCGCAGUCCAUCGACGAGACUCCAUUCCCCCAAAGGUUGAGUCACAGGUGGAGUCAAAGGGUGAAUUUAGAUUAAAAAAUCGAGCCCAUCCGCUGACCCCCAGUGUCUGCUCGACCCCCUUGAGAGACAUAAAUCGAGUCCUCCACGACACAGCAGUCCUUAUCUGCAACGCCGAUGACUCCGACGAGAUCCUGGAUCCCCCGAGGAAGCCCCAGGACAUCGACGACAUCCCAGACGUGGUGAAAGAGGCCCUGAGAUGCAAGAGACUGAAUAAAUUGAGAUCCGGAGGUCUUGACCCUGAGAAAAAGCCCAGAAGAGCCCCAGGUGCCAGAAGAAGCUCGAGUGUCUCUGACCUUGAGGAAUGGAGACCAUCCUCAUGCACCCCCGAGUCCCUCCACCGACGCAGAUACCACUCCACAACGAUAACCGAUCCCUGCUACCCAGUCUUCAAAUUCGAUGGCUCACCAGUCUCCCAAGAGCUCUACGACCACUACAUAUCCAGCCACUACCAGGAACUUGUGAAAGCCCAACCCCACUGCUUCUCCGAGAGCUCGAGAUCAUCCUCAAGGCCAUCCAGAACAAAUGGCGUGGAUCACCAGAGCUUGAAAGACUUGGACACAACACGACUGGAAUUCGUCGAAUCAAUCCCCAGAGAUCCAAGUCCCCAGGACCCGAGGACUUGGAUUCCCGACAUCAAGAGGAGAGACACCUGCCGAAGAUCCAUGAGUCUACCCCUGAAGAGUCUAAACGCCCCAGCAAUGAUCGAGGAAGAUGGCAGACGAUCCUCCGAGGUAUUCGAGGUGAAGAAGAAGCUCGAGGGCUUGCAAUUGACUCCACUGAUGUCAAGACUCAGUCUCCUGGCAAAUGACGACAAAACCAGUGGCUUCUGCAGCAAAGAGACAACACCGAGCGAGUACUACGAUCUAUCCACCCUCUCGAGUCGUUUAGCUAAGAAUAAUAACGAGGAGGAUGACUUUUGGGUGGGUGACAGAGAGCCUGGCAGUGGUAGCGUCCUCGAGAAGGCCGAACUCUUCAUCUGCGGACACCAGAAUAUGGUGAUGGUGCUACUCAUGGAUGAUGGCACUGGAAAUAAUCCCGAGUUGAUUCACAGCCUCUGGGAGACAUGUAUGAAUCAUCUGGGUAGGCUUGAGAGUAGAUUGGGCCACUGCAUGGAGCCCAUGCCCUCGCAUGAGCACAAGGAACUUUAUUCCGUUCUCAGUGUUGAUCCUGAGUGGGAUACACUUCACAGGUCGGGCCUCUGGGGUGUCAGUGAACUGGAGAUUGCUGGAGUCAUUCACGAGAGAUUCAGAAAAUCGAGAAAUUUAACGGACGUGAUCGUCAGGACUGAGGACACCGUCGUUUAUGGAAAUCAGUGUGGUAGAACUGAGGUUUUUUAUCAGCAGGGGGUGGGGACUGGGGGCCCUGGGGGGCUACCAACACCUGCUGAUCUCAUGGGGGUGGUGCCCUUGAAAGCCAAGAGACGUCUCGAGAGGGAUCAUGGAAUUGUGAUUUUGUAGGGUGCCAAAGGCUUUUGUUAAUUGUUUUUAUUUCGGAGGUGGGGGUGUGGGGGAAUUUUUUUUUUUUUUGCAUCGACGAUGGGUGCAGGUGAAGUAAUUAUUGCCGGUUUGUUUUUCGUGGAGAGAUUAUUCCGUCUCAUCGUAAGAUUUAAGACUUCAGAUGCCAUUCCAUUUUUGCUUGAAUUAUUCGAGACGACAGGCAGAUGUAAUCGAUAUUCCAGAAUAUUGGGAAUUAGAAUUGUUUCGUUUCGAGAUUUUGUUGCGGAUUUUAGAGAAACUCUUUGGAUUCAGAUAAUUACGAAAGUAUCCAGCGAGAAUGAAGAAUAAUUUAUGAAUAUGUUAAUUUUAAGUUUGAAAAACUAUCAGACUGACUCAGUAUUUAACGAACGACAAAAUAAAUAAUU